GAAAUGAAAGGGUUUGUUUUAAAAUUUUCAAAAUGCUUGUGUAGGACCUAUGAUUCGGCUGUUUAAAGUAAAGGAAAAGCAGAAAGAACUUGCAGAAAAUGCAAAUGGCAGAUCACCAAUCAGAAAGCAAACUGCAGGGGAGUUACGUUUACACAAAGACAGUUCCGAGCUAAACCUACCGGAAUCUUGUUCCAUAUCAUUUCCUAAUGGAAAGGAUGACCUGAUGAACUUUGAGGUUUCGAUUCGACCUGAUGAAGGAUAUUAUGUUGGUGCCACGUUCUUGUUCUCCUUCCAAGUUUCUCCUACCUAUCCGCACGAGUCACCGAAAGUAAAAUGCAAGACCAAGGUCUAUCAUCCAAAUAUCGACUUGGAAGGAAACGUUUGCCUUGACAUCCUGCGUGAAGACUGGAAACCGGUGCUGAAUAUAAACACAGUAAUCUAUGGAUUAUAUCAACUUUUCACGGAACCGAAUCACGAGGAUCCCCUCAAUCACGAUGCUGCUUCAGUGUUUGAGGGACAAUCCAAAGAUGUUUGA